CCCCGGGGCUGCCCCGCCCGGCCCCGGCCGCUCUGCACCGCGACUGCCGGCUCCGAGCCCCCGGAGCGGCUGCGGAGGUGCCGGCACCGGCCCCGGCCGGGCGAGGGGAUCGGGAUGCUGCUCUCGAAGAUCAGCUCGUUGGCUCAUCUGCGCUCCGGGACCGGCGGGGAGCUGCACGCCGCCAAGCUGCAAGCGGGUAAGGGCGGUAACGGCCCGGGGCGGCGGGUAGGGGCCGGUUGGAGCCCCGGCUGCAGCGGUAACGGCCGCGUCUGGCGCGCAGGGAAGGAGAAGGAGCCCCUGGAGCAGCUUUACCGCGUGGGACCGCUGCUGGGGAGCGGCGGCUUCGGGUCCGUGUACUCGGGGGUCCGCCUGUCCGACAGCGCCCCGGUGGCCAUCAAACACGUGGCUCGGGACCGCAUCUCCUCGUGGGGCGAGCUGCCCAACGGCACUCGAGUACCAAUGGAGAUAGCCAUGCUGAAGAAGGUGGGCUCUGGCUGCAGCGCCAUCAUCCACCUCCUGGACUGGUUUGAGCUGCCCGACAGCUUCGUGCUGGUGCUGGAGCGUCCGGAGCCGUCACAGGAUCUGUUUGACUUCAUCACGGAGCGGAGGUUCCUGCCUGAGGAGCUGGCGCGGGGGCUGUUCCUCCAGGUGCUGGAGGCUGUGCGACACUGCCACAGCUGCGGCGUCGUGCACCGAGACAUCAAGGACGAGAACAUCAUCAUCAACCUGUCCACCGGAGAGCUCAAGCUCAUCGACUUUGGCUCCAGCACCUUCCUCAAGGACACAGCCUACACCGAAUUUGACGGAACACGCGUGUACAGCCCGCCGGAGUGGGUCCGCUACCACCGCUACCACGGCCGACCAGCAGCCAUCUGGUCACUGGGAGUGCUGCUUUAUGACAUGGUCUGCGGGGACGUCCCCUUUGAGCGCGAUGAGGACAUCAUCGGUGGGGAGGUCUUCUUCCGGCGCCGGGUCUCUGUCGAGUGCCAGCACCUCAUCCGGUGGUGUUUAUCCCUGCACGCUUCCGACAGACCAUCCCUGGAAGACAUCUUCAACCACACGUGGCUGCAAGCCCUUCACCUGCCCCAGGAGACAGCCGACAUCCACCUGCACAGCCUCAUCCAGGAGCCUGGCAAGUGACAGCUCCAGGCGGCUCCUGGCCACAAGCGGCACAGAAUCCCAGACUUGUCCUUGUGAGCACAGAACUGAGCAAGGAUCCUCAGGUGGCACCUGCACACCUUGUCCUGGACCUCGUCUUCCAUGCACCAGUGGCCGCCAUCCGGCCCGGCUACCCUGGGCUUUGUGUUGUUGUUUAGUUUGCUUUGUUUUGGUUUGUUCUGGUUUGUUUUCUGGGGGAGAUCGGUGUUUGCCUUUGUCCAUUUUGGGUUUCAGGGGGACUGCGGUAGAGUUUUGGGAUUGGCUUUUCAGGGGAGGUUUGGGAUUUUGGGCGAUUUGGGCUUUUUUGGGGGUGGGUUUUAUCAGGGAGCUGGGGUUGGGGCUUGGGUGUAGGUUUUGUGGUUUGGUUUUUGUUGUUGUUUUGUUUUCUUUGUUUUGUUUCUGUUUUGUUCCUGGGCUUGGAGGCUCCCAAGUGUCUCCUGACCUGCUGGGUUCAGGAACACAAGAGGAACAGGGACCUUCUUGUGAGGAAAGCUUCCACAGGGAAGAACUGCUGGCGGGGGCAGGUCCAGGGUGGUGCCUCUUCUCCUCUGGCCCCUGCUCCAGUGCCUUCAGUUGCCAUCUGGGCUGUGCUGGAGGAAAUACUUGAAUUUUCCUACUCUGGUGCUUUUCUGAGACUCGCCUGGAUCUCCAGCUCCUUCCCAGGAAGGUCAGAGGACAUGCGGGAGCCCAGCGGGCAAUGCCUCCGGUGCCUCCAUCUCACGUGGAUUCGUCUGGGGUUCCUUGCAUCUGUGCCCUCACAAAUGCACAAACAAUGCAAACCAACAGAGCUGUAAAUAUGGACAAAGUUAGAGAGGAGCAAAGUCUGUUGUACAGUUGUUAAUAGUGAUAAGAUUUGACCUUUUUUCUUGUUGCUCCAGUUUUGGUUUUUAACUUAUUUUCAUGAAUUUGUUUUUUUUAAGAGUUCUAGCCAGUGGGCAGUUAUUUAUUUAUUUAUAAUUCCCAUGGGUUUCCAACCCGAGCCUUGCUCCUGCAGCUGCUGAUCCCCUGGUUUUCCAUUGGGGUCUUCCCUCCGUGUGUGUCCUGUGUCUGCCCCCAGGUCCGUAGUGUUCCUGCCAGCAGCCUGGGGGGGUGUGGAGCGGCUGCCUGCUCCCAGCUCCCUGUGCCCACAGCUGGGCUUGCUGCUGUUUCCCUGCCACGGGCAGGGUCUCAGUCUGCAGAUGAGGUUUGGUUGUCUCCAGGGGUGUCUUGUUUGGGGCUGGGCCAGGGGAGCUGGCCCAGGCUGUCUGUGUGUCAAGUCUCAAUGUGUAGCCGAGUGUUGAGCCGGUGGAUUUGUGUUAAUAGUUCAUAUUGUACAGGGGAACUCAGAAAUCUUAUUUUUUUUAUGCGGUUUUAAAUAAAAAUGAACCACUUGA